UAAGGUGUUCCCUCCUGCCCCCUUAAUCUGUGUAUAAGUCACUUUCUGUGUCGAACCAAAUACAGUGGAGUGUGUACAAGUGACCACUCCUAAUCAUAAAAUUCUUUUACAAUGUUUUAUAGUAAAAAAUACUAAACUCAUUGUACGCACCUUUAAGUACUUUUAUAAUACAUGAAUUGGUUGUGAUGCGUUCAUUUGAUUAAAAAAAAAGUGAUUCUACCGAGAAAAUGUGGAUUUGGAUUUUGGUUUUAACCUUCGCUUGCGGAAACAGUCAGCUCUCGCAGGAGUCGACGGAAUCAACGCGUGUUCCUUGGAAUCGAUAUGAUUCCAUCGACAGGGACCAACCUGGAUAUGGAACACGAAAUCCUGGGAAUCCGGGCGAUAAUGUUAUAAUAAAAGAGGCCACAUAUUUUGUGGUGGCCUCUCGUAUGGUUAGACCUGGACAAAUCUACCGAUUAGCUGUAAAUGUGUUAUAUAGUCCACUGCCAAUGAUGAUACGUGCAUCUAUUCAAAGGAAUGGCGUUGAAAUUGCUUCGGAUUAUCAAGAAGUAAAAGAAGGCAUACCAGAAACUUUGAUGAUGAGGAUGCCACCUACAUCUGUUGGUGGAGAAUAUAAGUUAAGAGUAGAAGGAACGUACAACAGUUUAACUGGUGGUCAAGCAUUUUUAAAUGAAACAAAACUUAUAUUUUCUCAAAGAUCUAUGAGUAUAUUUAUUCAGUUGGAUAAGCCUGUGUAUAUGCAAAAGGAAACUGUGCGAUUUAGAACUAUACCUAUAAACACAGAACUAAAAGCAUUUAAUAAUCCUAUUGAUGUGUACAUGUUGGAUCCAUAUAGAAGAAUAAUGAGACGGUGGUUAAGUAGACAAAGUAAUUUGGGAACAGUAUCUUUAUCGUAUCAACUAUCUGAUCAACCUGUUUUUGGAGAUUGGAUUAUACAAGUGAUAGCACAAGGCCAAGUAGAAGAGAAAACUUUCUUAGUGGAGGAAUAUUAUCAGACUCGAUUUGAAGUUAAUGUUACAAUGCCAGCAUUUUUCUUUGAUAAUGAUCCAUACAUAUAUGGUACAGUUCAAGCAAAUUACACAAGUGGUGCACCAGUGAGAGGAAACUUAACUCUUAAAGCUACUUUUAAAUCGCUUGAUAGAAGAUCACCAGAAGUUGCUCCUGAAUCUAUUGAAAGAUAUUUUUACUUUGAUGAAUAUUAUCCUUCGUGGUUAAAGGUACCAUAUAAUUAUGAAAACCAAAUACCUGUGUUAAGAUUUUUUAAUGGAACAUAUCACUUUCGAUAUCCUAUGGCAGAAUUAUUAACAUUUGUACCUGCUGCAAAUGGUGCAGAGAUCACCGUUACCGCGACUGUUGGGGAAAGAUUUUUAGAAGAAGUAGUUACAGGGUACUCUACUGCUCGAAUUUUUAAUUCUACUACAAAAAUACGAUUCUUAGGUGGAACACCACAAGUUUUCAAGCCAGCAAUGCCAUUUUCUUUAAAUUUAGUAGCAUCAUUCCAUGACAAUUCUGUAUUAAGACCAUCACAACUAAAAGGAGCUGUGAUGGAAAUUCGUGCGGAGAUUGAAACAAGGACAGGUGGUCGCAGAACCAUAGAAACUCAAUAUCUAAAACCUACACCGGAUAAUGCAGGUAUUUGGUCUACAAGAAUGGAUUUAAGGAAACAACUUGGACUCGAACACAAUUCCGAUCAUGCUCAGCAAAUCCUUAAUGAUAUUUUUUCCAUGAGGGUUUUUGCUUACCUCACUGAUGGAGAAGGAUUCAGAACACAGACUGAAUUAUUAUUAUUGGCUCACGAAUCUCCAAACCAACAGCAAAUAAAAAUUUCAACCUCUACAGAGAAACCUAAAGUUGGAGAAUACAUGAUAUUCCAUGUACAAACUAAUAUUUACAUUGAUACAUUUAACUAUAUUAUCAUGGCAAAAGGUAUCAUACUUUUAACGGGACAAGAUACUAUGCAACAUAACAUAAAAACAAUUGCUGUCCCUCUUAGUGUAGAAAUGGCUCCAGUUGCAACAAUAGUUGUGUAUCACAUUGGACAGUACAGUAAUGUUAUUGCAGAUUCUCUAACUUUCUCUGUAAAUGGUAUUUCACGAAACAAUUUUACGGUGCAUAUUAACAAUAAAAAAGCUAGAACUGGUGAAAACGUUGAAGUAGCUAUUUAUGGAGAACCAGGAGCUUAUGUUGCUUUAUCAGCUAUAGAUAGAGCUUUCUACACAAUGCAAGCUGGAAACGAAUUAACAUAUGCCAAUGUCAUAUCAAAAAUGGCACAUUUUGAUGAAGAAACAAAUGGCACUCAAUCUCAUACUUGGCUGUAUCAUGAUGGUGAUCCAGAUGAGCUUGUUUAUUUCCCAUCUUCAACAUUUGGUAUAGAUGUUAACAGAACAUUUGAGUAUAUUGGAUUAGUAGUUUUCACAGAUGCUUUUGUUUAUCGAAGACCUGAUAAUUGUAAUGCAUCUUUGGGACUUGGAGAAUGCUUGACUGGGAAAUGUUACAGAUUGGAUAAAAAAUGUGAUGGAAUAUUUGAUUGCGAAGACGGCACCGACGAAGCAAACUGUGAAUACCGAAAUCUUACAGAUAUAGCCAUGUUUAGAAAAUGGCGAUUUAACAGAGUACAAAGAUUAUAUGAAAAUGUUUGGUUGUGGAAGGACAUUAAUAUUGGUCCUCAUGGUAGAUACAUUUUUAACAUAGAUGUGCCACGAAGACCAGUUCAGUGGAUGGUCACAGCAUUUAGUAUGUCUCCAAGUAACGGUUUCGGUAUGCUACCAAAAGCAAUCGAAUACCUAGGAGUCUUACCAUUUUACAUAAAUGUAGAGAUGCCGACUCAUAGUAGGCAGGGAGAACAGAUUGGUGUUCGUGUUUCUGUUUUCAAUUAUUUGCGUUAUAAUAUAGAGGCUAUAGUAGUUUUAACUGAUUCAAAAGAUUAUAAAUUUGUUCACGUCGAAGAGAAUGGUAUUGUACAAUCAUACAAACCUCGUACAUCUUUUGGUGAACAUCAGUUUUUCAUUUGGAUUCCUGCGCAGGAUGCAGCGAUCGUCUAUUUACCCAUUGUACCUGUAAGACUUGGAGAUAUAAAAGUACAUAUCUAUGCUACAACUGUAAUUGGAAGAGAUUCGGUUACUCGAACUUUGCAUGUAGAAGCUGAUGGUCUUCCUCAGCAUCGACAUCAGUCUAUUCUACUCGAUCUUAGUAAUCGAGCCUAUGUGUUCCAAUAUAUGCACGUUAAUAUAACAGAAACUCCGAUUAUACCUUAUGACGAAAAUCGUUAUUAUGUAUUUGGUUCUAACAAGGCAGUUAUAAGCUUGGUUGGAGAUGUUGUUGGACCAAUUUUCCCAACCAUGCCUGUUAAUGCUACGAGUCUUAUGGAUCUUCCUAUGGACUGUGCUGAACAAAAUAUGUUCAGUUUUGCUGCUAAUUUGUACACUACGUUAUACAUGCGUUUAAUUAAUCAACGUAACAGAACACAAGAGAAGGAAAGUUUUUAUUACAUGAACAUUGGUUAUCAGAGACAACUCUCAUUCAUGAAUCCUGAUGGAUCGUUUAGUUUAUUCCGCAGUGAUUGGAAUCAGUCUGAGCCAAGCGUUUGGUUAACAGCAUUCUGUGCACGUGUUUUGCAGGAAGCACGUUUCUAUGAGUGGGAAAAUUAUCUUUACAUAGAUCCAGAAGUAAUAGCUAAUGCUAUAUCUUGGAUACUAAAACAUCAAACACCUGAUGGAUCAUUUUAUGAAGUUAGAUGGCUACCAGACCGUAAAAUGAAUAGUAGUUUAAACUAUGAUUAUGAUGAAAUAACACAUAGAAAUAUCAGUCUCACUGCUCAUGUUCUUAUUACGCUGCAAAGCGUAAAAGAUCUGCCUGAAGGAUUAGGAACUCAAGUUGCAGUAAGUGCUGCAAAUGCAGUCAAAUGGUUAGAAAGAAACUUGAAACUGUUAGAGAAUCGUGGAAAACCAUAUGAAAUAGCAAUAGUGGCAUAUGCUCUAUUAUUGGCAAAAGCUUCGACUGCGGGACAAGCUUUCAAUAUUUUGUCCAGCCAUGCUCGUAGAGAAGGAGGUUUAACUUAUUGGGGAAGAGAGCCAGUACCUCUCCCUCCUUAUAAGCUAGAAAAUCAAAAGCCAUUCCUUCUUCCACGUUUACCAUAUAAAUACGACUCUGAAAAUAUUGAGACUACUGCAUAUGCUCUUUUGGUGCACGUUGCACGACAAGAAAUAAUGAUUGAACCUAUAGUAAAGUGGUUGAAUGCUCAACGAUUAACAGAUGGUGGCUGGGCUUCUACACAAGACACUGCAUGGGCAAUGAAAGCUUUAAUGGAUUACACAGUUAGAUCCAGAAUUAGAGAUGUUAGUUCCUUAACAGUUACCGUGGAAGCUACAUCUCUUCCAGGACAAACUAAAACGUUGUUUGUUAAUGAUAAUAAUCUAGCAAGGCUUCAAACUAUUGAGAUACCAGAAGCUUGGGGAACAGUCAAAGUACAAGCUAAAGGUGCUGGAUAUGCAAUUUUACAAAUGUCAGUACAAUAUAAUGUAGAUAUUGCUAAAUUCCAAACUCAACCACCAGUCAGAGCAUUCGACUUGGUUACUAGAGCAAAUUUCCAUGGCAGAAAUCAAUCUCACAUUUCAUAUCUCAGUUGUCAGAGAUGGACAAACACAAAUGAAUCGGCGCGUUCUGGAAUGGCAGUACUAGAUGUAGCCAUACCAACUGGUUACAUAAUUCAGCAGCAAACCUUAGAUAGAUACAUUUUAUCAAAACAAGUACGAAAUCUUCAAAGAGCUCGAUUCCAGGAAAGAAAGGUUUUGUUCUACUUCGAUUAUCUUGACCAAGAAGAGACCUGCGUAAAUUUCACCAUAGAGAGAUGGUUCCCAGUUGCAAACAUGUCACGAUACCAUGCCAUAAGAGUUUACGAUUAUUAUGCACCAGAACGUUUCAAUGAAACUAUAUUUGAUGCUCUACCAACGUAUACAUUAAAUAUCUGUGAGGUUUGUGGUAGCUCUCAAUGUCCAUAUUGUCCAAUUUAUAAUGCUGCCACAUUGUUGUCUACGCCUACUGGUUUUCUACUUACAGUGUCUUUAGUAGUUAUAACAAGGUAUUUUCGAAUGCAGGAAUUAAUCAUAGGAAUUUAACAUAUUAUUUUAAAUUAAUCUAAGUAAGGUUAUAUCAUUGAUACUUUGAAAAUAUGCGACGUCUCUACAUUGAUCUGCUGAAGUAUUGUAUAAUAUCCAUUUUAAGUGCCUCUCAUUAGUUUAAUCAAAUUUUAUUGUCGUAAGGAAAUGUAAUAUUAAUUAAAAGUACUAAGGCCAUGUCGCAGAUUUUCAAAUCGUGUCGUUACUGCGUAUAACAUUCAAAUACCGUCCAUAAAUAAGUCUGCUUUAUAAGAAACAAAGUGUAUAUUAUAAAAUAACUCGUUUUAGUUUGCGAGCGUAUUAAAGCGUUCGUUUGUCAGAGGCAACGAUACUGUAAAUAGUAUCAAGUUUACAUUAAUACCGAACUAUUUAUAAUAUCAAUUAUAAAUCGUUUUAUUCGAGUACAGUGUAGAAGGCUGUAUGUUAAAUUAUUUAUAAAUCUAAUUUUUACAAAGCUCGCUCGAGCAAUCCGUCCAAAAGUACGUUUAACAGUUUUAUAAACAGAGAGCAGCAUUUAACGUGUGUUGAAUAUAUUUUUAAGUUUUAUAACCUUUAUACAAAUAAAUUUAUAUAAAUAAAGAAAAUAUUU